ACACUUCCCGUGUUGUCAUUUGGAGAACAGGAGCAACAAGAACCUCCGGAGAACUCUUCCAGGAAGCCUGAGGAAUAUCCGACUGCGCAGAAACAGACUUUUCACCCUAUUUUACAACAAUUACAACAAUAAAAACAACAACAACAACAACAACAACAACAACACCACCAACAACAACCAAAUCCUUGCUCAUCAUUGAUGCCACGGAACUCGUGUGGGAGCUCGGGUCAGUGAGGACAGCGGCCGCGCGCGGACUGUCGUCUGUAAAGCUGGGUCCCGGAGAAGAGAAAGGAGAGGAAGAAGAGGAAGAGAAGCGGACCGGGGGAAGAAAGAAGAAGAGACCAGACAGUCCAAGUGAAAGUGGGAAGAGAGUCCGACUCAGAAUGAAUAACAACAAACCCGAGAAAGAAACGGAGCAGAGUGAAUUCACCAACCACGAAGAGGAGGUCCGAACGCUAUUCGUCAGCGGGCUACCCCUGGAUAUUAAGCCGCGGGAGCUCUAUCUGCUGUUCAGACCAUUUAAGGGCUAUGAAGGCUCCUUGAUCAAACUCACUUCGAAACAGCCAGUGGGGUUUGUCAGCUUUGACAGCCGAUCAGAGGCGGAGGCUGCUAAGAAUGCCUUGAACGGAGUCCGCUUCGACCCAGAGAUCCCCCAGACCCUUCGGCUGGAGUUCGCCAAGGCCAACACCAAGAUGGCCAAGAACAAGCUGGUUGGCACCCCCAACCCCAUUCCCUCCCAGCAGGGCCCUGGGCCACACUUCAUCAGCAGAGACCCAUAUGAGCUCACAGUGCCCGGUCUAUAUCCCAGCAGCCCAGAUGUGUGGGCGUCAUACCCGCUGUACCCGGCGGAGCUGUCGCCGGCCCUCCCACCCGCUUUCACCUACCCCUCCUCGCUCCACGCUCAGAUUCGCUGGCUCCCACCUGCAGACGGAACUCCUCAGGGAUGGAAGUCCAGGCAGUUCUGCUGAAGUAUGUGUUCCUGAUGUGUGAUGGUGGCCGGCUGUGACGGGCGUUGCUGAUUGCCUCUGGUAUCCAAUUAGAAACCAGGAGGACUGACCUGACUCCAGCUCACGGAGCAGCGUACCGUCGGCAGCAGCAGCCUCAAGGGCCUCAGGACAUUCUAGAGACCCCAGCCUCCAUCACACAUCGAGCCCCCUCCCCUUCCCCCUCCCUCAAGUCUUUUUUAUACUGUUACAUACUCAAGAUUUACCAGCGGCGCUUUGGCUACACCUCCUCCGUGAAAGGUACUGGACGUGCACGACAAAGGCGCGCACACACAUCCUUUGUGAACCGGUUGACUGUCUCGCGUCCUGCUGUGCACUCUGAAUAUGCAAGUGUAUCGACGCCCCCACUAAAGGAGUGCACACACACACACACACAGCUUAUGCCGUCACCCCGCCAGGCCAGGACCUGUAGGAGUGUGUGUCUGAAGCGCUGCCGGGUAAUGUUAUUAUAGCCUACGAUUAUAAUUAUUACUAUUCUGUAUAUCAUUCAUAUUAAUGUCAUUAUGAUUAUUAAAUACAUGUUGAAGCAUGACUUUGCAACAAAAAAAAAGUGAGAAGAAAAAAAAACACCGCUGUACAUUUCUAGAUAUUUUAAAAGAAAUACAAAAAAGGUAUUUUUGUAAUCAAGACCGUUUGAAAUAGUUCUGUUCGAUUGGUCCGUGUUGUGAUGAACGUGUGUGAGGAACUUUCACACUUUUCUUUCUUUUGUUGUUGUCGUCCUUCCCGUUUAGUGCCAUUGUAACAUGGUAAGUGGGCCUGCGAUACCAAAGCGGUCCUGUGGGCUCGUCUUGUCUUUUCUACACACCGCGUGGCUUUCGGGCCGCCGGUGUGCGUCUCCUGCGUGGUGUCGUUACCUGGUGAAGCAGAACACAUUCGUCUUUUGUCUGAUGUGCUUCGUUUCAGAUAAGCAGUCAAUGUUAAGUCUCGAGUGAGAACAACACACCUGACCCCGCCCGCCAUCUCGCAGUUAGAGGUAAUCAGAUGUGUUGAAAGAGACAUUGACAGAAAGAAGCCAUCGCUGGUGAAGGUAGAGUUACCCCAGAGACUGCAAAAAAAAUGGCAAACUGAGCCCUGCUAUAUUAAGGAAUGUGCUCCCUCACUGUCGAGCAGGAGGACAGCAGCACAGUAUGGAGAAACAAAAGACCAAAGGCAUUUUAUUUUACACUGGAGAGCUAUAGGCUAGUGGAAUUAUUCAGUUUUUGACUGCUUUGUAGUCCUCAGUCUGAUUUCUUCUGAAGUAUGACUUCAUUUUCGCUGCAUGUCUCAUUUGGUGUCACUCCAAAGAGCCACUCUGCAUCUAAAAGGAUAUUCACUUUAAGCAAAUUGUCUCUUUUGUCUAUUUUUAGGGAGCCGACGUGAUUCAACUUGCUUUUGUAAAUUGACUGAGUGAAGUUGGAGUGUAAAAAAACAAAACUUUUGUAAUCGUGUGUAUUCUGGGCCUGCAAUAACGUCUUUGUUGUAUGACACAUAAUCAUCGAGUGAUCAUAUUCCUGUGACAUUUUGAUGCCAACAUCCUCAUUCAUGUCGCAUUCUUACACCAACAAACAGUGAUUCUUGUACUUUUGUGAUAAGGCCAAGUCACAUGUCAGUGAUGUGACGAUCAAACACUGAAAAAAUGCAAGAAAAACAAUCUUCCCUGUAAUGUUUAGCCCAGGUGUGUACAAUCAUAUUGGAGUGGUUGAAUCAUAUAGUCAGUGUUUGUCAUGAAUAAUAAUAAUAAUAAUAUGCACAUCAUGUCAACUGAUUUUCUGGAGCAGUUUUUGCUUUUACAGACAUUUUUUAAGCCAAGUGUGGCACCAAAUUUAUUAGGACAAGUAUUUAUAAGAUGUGUGUGUGCGUGUGCGUGUGUGUGUUUUUUAUGGGUAUUGUGAUUUUAGAGUUAGAAGAUGCCCAUCUUAUAAUUAAUUGUAAGUAUUACUGUACGUUUUAAUUGUAUAUUCCUUUGGAAAUUUUCUAGAGCUUCUCUGUGUGUUUGUAUCUGAUAUAUGAAUCCUGAUAAAACUUCAUCAUUCACUGUGAAAUCCAGAAACAACUGUGGACGAAUGGAUCUUUUUGUGGUUUGCCAGCAGUACGGUACCAAAGUUCCUGGAGAUGAACAUGACGAUCCCUCCCUGGUUUCAGUAUACCAUGUGUACCUGUGUGUACUGUGCAUGUUCACGGCAUGUGUGUGUGUUCUUCUUUUUUUCCCCUCAAUGCAUACAGUACUGUUGAUAUUGAUGUACUUUAGCCGCUGUAAGGAGAAACUGUAUUUCAGUGAAUUGCAGAGGUUUGUUUGUUUGAAACCCCCCAAAAAAAGUGAUCAAAAUGAGUUUUUUUGAAAAUGUUGAAUGAAGACAUUUCAGGCCGUCUGCCAUUAAAGAUUGACGUCAUC